AUUGUAUCCAACUUCACAAUGGUGCAAGGUUUUUUUCAGAGUUGAUGUGAAAUGUGAUAUACUGGAUAACAAUUUGUCAGAGUGCUUUAAUAACACAAUUGUUAAGGCAAGGUCUAAACCCAUUAUCCCUAUGCUUGAAGCGAUUAGAGUUGCCACAAUGAAGCGCAUUGCGAAGAAGGUUAAGUUUUCUUCCAAGUGGGCUGGGAAACAUGGCCCGCGUAUUAUUAAGAAGUUGAAUGCUAACAUACUUCACAGUAUGGGCUGGAAGGUAAUAUUUAAUGGGGACGAUGGGGACGAGGUAAAGAAAGGGAGGCAUCAGUUUCAAGUGCAACUUCAACGUAAAUCUUGCUCUUGUAGAGCAUGGGAUUUAAGUGGAAUUCCUUGCCCGCAUGCAGUUUGUGCUAUAUUUGACAAGGGUGAUGAGCCUGAUGAUUAUGUUGAUGAUUGCUACUCCAAGG